AAAUGUUAACAGUAAUGGCUUAAGCACAGCAAUGCAAGCUGUUGCCUGUCUUGAAGGAAGAAGCAUCUUUGGCUGUUGAAAAUGGGCUUGUUAUGACUCUGUUUUAAAUAUUUAAUACGAACUUUUAGUUUCUAAAGCCUGCACUUUGCUUUACGAGCAAAAAACCUAGUGUCCUUUCCAUUAUUAAAAAAAAACCCACAUCAGAAACUUAAAAUGAAAUGCCAGAAAUAAAAUAAGGAACAGCCUGGUGCUCCAAGUGAGAAAUUAAUGGGGCUGGUGUUGGCAGAAAGCUCAGCAUUUGCUGUGAUGGAAACUACCUUUUGGGAACAGAAGUCAACUGCAAACUCUUCCCAGCACUGGAACUGGAGCAAAGAAACUAUUCCAGCAGUGGCCUCUGGGAUUGAAAAGAAGGGAAAGAAUUUGCAGUAAACAGAAUUAUCUUCACCCAAGUGUAUGGCCGCAGAAGGGACAAGGUUUCUUCUCGACAUGGCUCAAAGUUUCCAGCUACACUUCAGACUUUCUGUCUGGGCAGUUCUGAUUCUCUUUGUGAUUGCUGGAUCCCUGAGCCAGGCAGAUGACCAAUUUCACCUCAAAAACAGUACAGAUAAAGAUACUCAAGAGAAUGCUGAGAUCAUAUUAGAGUUACUUUGGGGAGGAAUUGAAAUUACGGCAAACGAGACCAUCAAGGUAGAAGAUGAAGAAUUGGCCACUCUGCGUCCUGCAAAGCGCUUACUCUGGAUCUUUCAGCAUAAAGUUCCCAAAAAUCCAUCAGGAAUCGAAGAAUACCUGGAUCACUUCUCUCAGUCUGACACCCCGAUCCCUCGGGAGGAAUUUGAGCAGCUUGUUUUCACUACUAUCUUUACUGCUUACCAGAUUCGCAUUGUCCAAGGCCUGGAUAAAAAUCUGUGGAUCAACCUUUUCUCUCAGCUGGUCAAUGAAAUCCUCCGGGAGCUCUGCAAACAAUUCUGUCCUGAGGAACUGAUUGAUUCUGUUCAACAUUUAGCCUCCAGGCCUUGGCAGGAAAUGCCUGCCUAUGUUAGCGCAUUGAAGAAAUUCUAUCAGCCCAGCUUCCUUAUAACUCAAGGAAACUGAUUUU